CCGCCCACUCCGGGGCACGGCGCGGGCCGGGAGGGCGCGCGGGGCGCCGGGCACUCGGCUUCCCGGGUUCCUCCGCCCGCAGCUGCCGAGAGGCGGGGGCCUCCCUCGCACCGCGAGUCCCUGCUGCCCCGCCGGCUGGGCGGGGUGGGAUCUUCGGAUUCCGGAGAGAGAGGGGCGGUUUGUGUCCACGCACCUGGGACUCCAUCGGGGGGUCCAUCGUGCGCCUCAGCACAGUCUCCUGCCGAAGGCCGGUGGGCGGCGGGGACGCUGGGCCCCUGACCUGACCCCGCGGCGCCGCGAGCCCCCGCAGAAGUCGGGCGCCCGGGACCCCGCGAUGGCCGCGGGCGGAUACGGCCCCACGGAGCCGCUGCGUGGACGCCGGAGCGCCCCUCCCUAGCGGAGCCAGCUGCUCCUAGUCCCCGGCCCCGCCGGCGGGAUGGGGGGCGGCGGGUCGUCCCUGAGGGUCUGCACGGAUCACCGCGGGGGCAUCAACUGGCUGAGCCUGAGCCCGGAUGGGCAGCGCCUGCUGACCGGCAGCGAGGACGGCACGGCCAGGCUCUGGAGUACUGCGGACGGCCGGUGCUGCGCGCUCCUGCAAGGACAUGAGAGCUACGUCACCUUCUGCCAGCUGGAGGAGGAGGCUGCCUUCACCUGCAGCGCCGACUGCACCAUCAGGAGGUGGGACGUGCUGACCGGGCAGUGCCUGCAGGUGUACCGAGGACACACGUCCAUCGUGAACAGGAUCCUCGUUGCCAACAACCAACUCUUCAGCGGCUCCUACGACCGGACAGCUCGCGUCUGGACUGUGGACGAGGGGCAGGCGUCCCGGGAGCUCCGGGGCCACCGCAACUGCGUGCUCACGCUGGCCCACUCCAGCCCCUGGGAGGUCCCUGGCACACCCCGCCUGGAGGAGGCCGUGGCUGGGGGGCUCCUGGUGACCGGCAGCACGGACGGCACAGCCAAGGUGUGGCAGGUAGCCAGUGGCUGCUGCCACCAGACACUGCGGGGCCACACGGGCGCGGUGCUGUGCCUGGUUCUGGACGCGCCUGGCCGCACGGCCUUCACUGGCAGCACCGAUGCCACCAUCCGCGCCUGGGACAUCCUGAGCGGGGAGCAGCUGCGCGUGUUCCGGGAACACCAGGGCUCUGUCAUCUGUCUGGAGCUGGUGGACCGGCUCCUGUACUCGGGCAGCGCGGACAGGACUGCCAAGUGCUGGCUGGCACACGAGGGGGAGCACGUGUGCACCUUCCCAGCCCACAGACACAGCGUGAGCACCCUCAAGUACCACGCGGGCACCCUAUUCACGGGCAGUGGGGAUGCCUGCGCCCGGGCCUUUGACGCGCAGUCGGGAGCGCUGCAGAGGGUGUUCCGGGGCCACAGCUUUGUCAUCAACUGCCUGCAGGUGCAUGGCCAGGUGCUCUACACUGUGUCCCAUGAUGGCACGCUGCGCCUCUGGGACAUGCGUGGUCUCCGGGCCCCGCCACCCACGCCUCGCAGGCCAGCAGCCAAGCGCAGCCUGUCACGCCUGUUCAGCAACAAGGUGGCCUGUGCCCCGGACACACGGCUGCAGGCUGCCUGAGAACAGCAGGUGGUGCCCAAGCCCAGGCGCACGGAGGCAGGCCUUGGUCUCUGCUCCUGGACUUUCCCGAGCCUCAGCUGCAGGUGACGUGUUGGGAUGAGGAGGUGUAUACCUGCCCUGGGGGAUGGCUCCCUUCCCCUGGGGGAGGCUCCUUUUUGUCCCUACCUCCUGAGCUAAGACCUUGUCAUCUGGCCUCCUCUGAAACCCUCCCAACUCUUGAGGACUCCAGUCUGAUGCCCCCAAGCUCUGGAAACUUCUAGAAACCUCGUAUGGCUGGCCCCUUCCUGCUGAGAGGAAAUGAGGACAUUUCUACUUUGGCAAAUUGUUCUGGCAAAUUGUGUCCUGAGGACCCUCAUGAAGAACUCAAAUACACACCCUGUAAAGCUCGAA